UUUCUCGUUUGUUAUUGUUUUUUUUUCAGCGGUGAUCACUUUGACAACCAUUUUUGUUCAUUGUUUGAUUUUUGUCGGUGAACAAUGUUCAAAAAUACAUUUCAAAGUGGUUUUUUAUCGAUACUUUAUUCGAUUGGAUCGAAUCCAUUACAGAUAUGGGAGAAAAAAGUUAAAAAUGGCAGUAUUAAACGAAUAACAGAUAAUGAUAUUCAAUCAUUGGUGAUUGAAAUAACAGGUUCAAAUGUAUCAACUACAUAUGUUACCUGUCCACCGCAACCAAGAUCCAGUUUGGGAAUCAAAUUACCAUUUCUCAUUCUGAUCGUCAAAAAUUUGAAACGUUUUUUCAGCUUUGAAGUUGAAAUUCUUGAUGACAAAAAUGUACGACGUCGUUUUCGUGCAUCGAAUUUUCAAUCAGUUACCCGGGUAAAACAUUUCAUCUGUUCAAUGCCAUUACGGCUGGAUGAUGGCUGGAAUCAGAUUGCAUUCAAUUUGAAUGAUUUUUGUCGUCGUGCAUACGGUAGUAAUUAUGUGGAAACUAUACGAGUUACAAUCAAUGCUAAUUGUCGAUUGCGACGUGUUUAUUUUGCCGAUCGUAUGUAUGCUGAAGAUGAAUUACCAGCAGAAUUUAAACUAUAUUUGCCUGUUACAUCUGCAUCUUCAUCAUCAUCAAAUCCAUUGAUAACUUCGACUACAAUCAUUGAAUGAUCUCUCUUUUUAUUUGUUGCAAUUUUUUUUUAAAUAUUUUUUU